AUGUAUGGCUUCUCUUCUCAUUCCUCCUCUUCGAGCUCCCUCGCUCAUUCAGCUCUUCACCCGCCAGAAACAUUCCCCAUCCCAAAAUCUGCAUCAACAUUUCGCUCCUCUCGGAAGCAAGAAUCCGAGGACACCGCUGAAAUGAUACUGACCGACACCAACGAUAGCCGCAGUCCCUCCCCCGUCCCACUUUCCAGUAUCUGUUCGCGACAUUACAUCUUUGCGGCGCUUGAACGCCGUGAUUACAUGCUCCGACAACCGCGUCCUAUUCGUUCGGCCGACGACCUCGACGACAUCCAGUUAAAACGAUGCUUUGAGAUACUUCACGCGUGUCACAAGGCAUCUGAAGUCGAUGCGACUCUUAUUUCGACGAGAGAAACCAUGGAGUAUUUCCUGGAUGCUGUAUUCAGCGAUUGGGCGGCAGAUGGAAAUGACGUGAUGACAAUGCCAGAGAUGGACUUUGUUGUGAGAGGCUACCUCAGAGCUGGCAACAUCUGCAGCCAACCAAGCGAGCAUCGAACACCCUCCGCCUGCAUCGACUGCGCAAACUGCCAGACCCCCGUCUACUGUGUCGUGACCUACCAAACCCAACCAGCACAACUCACUGCCUGCUUCUCAACUCAAGUACCGACCCCGUAUCCAAGGGAACCAAUACAAAACCGGGUCUCCCCGAUACAACGACCUGAUGUUCGCUUCAACCAAGACGAGAGCUGGGUAUCCGAGCUGAGACAAAAUAUGAUGAGCUCUUGCGACAAAAGGGUGUGCAGAUACAACAAGCGUCUUGCUAUCUUCCGCGCAAGAGUCUUGAUCAGGGGAUGGGCUCGGGGAAGUGUUGAAAUGGGCAAAGACAUUGAAGUCCAGUCUUUCGUGCGGAAGGAGGCUGUUCGUGCUAGUUUUUCUAUGUUGGUGCAGGCUGGAAAAUGA